AUGAAAGUCACUAUUAGAUUAUCAACCGAAACUUCUUAUACGAUAACCAUUCCUGAUAACUCAACAGUUGAAGACUUAAAGAACUCAGCUAAAGUAGGUUGUCCUAUAACGUCAACUUUACCAAAAGAUUUCAAAUUAAUCUUUAAUGGAGAAAAACUACAACCUCGUUAUCAACCAUUACUGUCUUUUGGUAUUCAGCAGGAUGAUGUAACGGUUAUCUUAAUGAAUAAUGGUUCCGACACUCCUACAUUAUCCCCAAGAACCUCAAAUUCCAAUAUUUCAUCGCCAACCGCAACAACAACAACCAGCUCGCCCAUUAAGAAACCAAAGAAGAAGAAUAAGUGUUCUUUUAAGGCGUGUACCUCAGCCCCAUUGAGGAUGGUUGGAACUUGUAGUCAUUGUCAAGGUAAAUUCUGUGCUAAACAUAGAUUAUUGGAAGAUCAUUUAUGUACUGGAUUACAAUCUUGUAAAGACAAUGCUCAUGAAAGAAAUGCCAUGAAAUUACAAAGUGAAAGUACUCUUACCAGUAGAGUAUGA